CCCCUCCCACCCUUGUGUUGUGUUUGUACCCUGUUUUGCUGGCUGGAUAUUUUGACGCAAUGACAAAUUAAACCGAGGAUUUGUUCAUCCCACGAUCGGACUGCAUCGCAUUUUCACGGAGAUUUUAUUAAAUGUAAUAAAAGUCACCAGCUGUUGCAGAAUGUCAAACUUUGUGAGCUGCGUGAUCUGAUGAGAGCAGGACAAUAACUUAUCGAGGACGUUUCAUAAACCUUGGAUUGAACUUGAAGACCACCAUGAGGUUUGCUCAGGUUUUGUUUCAGAGCAGCUCAAAGCUGAACAUACCAAAACAAGUGGACAGAUUUUCAAAGUACUCUCCGUCUCCACUUUCAAUGAAGCAGUUCAUUGACUUUGGAUCUGCCAAUGCCUGUGAGAAGACCUCUUUCAAGUUUUUAAGGCAAGAGCUUCCUGUCCGGUUAGCCAACAUCAUGAAGGAGAUCGACUUCCUCCCAGACAAACUGCUGAGCACCCCUUCACUGAAGCUGCUCCAAAGCUGGUAUGCACAGAGUCUAAUGGAACUCGUUGACUUUCUGGAGAAGGAUCCCAAUGAUAAAAAAGUUUUGACAAGGUUCACCGAAACGCUGAUCAAUGUCAGGAACAGACAUAACAACGUGAUGCCCACAAUGGCACAGGGUGUGUUAGAGUACAAGGAUGCUUUUGGCGUGGAUCCUGUGACCAAUCAGAACGUCCAGUACUUUUUGGAUCGCUUCUACAUGAGCCGAAUCUCCACACGCAUGCUGAUGAAUCAGCACACAUUAAUCUUUGAUGGCAGCACCAAUCCAGCCCACCCCAAACACAUCGGCAGUAUCGACCCAAACUGUGACGUCGUGGAGGUUGUAAAAGAUGCUUGUGAGAGUUCCAAGAUGCUGUGCGAUCAGUACUAUUUGACCUCUCCCGAAGUGGAAAUCAAACAAGUGGCCUAUAAUGGACCCAACGAACCCAUACACAUAGUUUAUGUGCCUUCUCAUCUGUACCACAUGCUUUUCGAGCUCUUCAAGAAUGCAAUGAGAGCAACUGUGGAAACCCAUGAAAACAGCCUACAUCUCCCACCCAUCAAAGUGAGAGUUUCUUUAGGAAAAGAAGACCUGACCAUCAAGAUGUCUGACAGAGGAGGAGGAGUUCCCUUGAGGAAAAUCGAAAGACUUUUCAGCUACAUGUAUUCAACCGCACCGAGUCCUGUGGCGGAAGAUACCCGCAACGCUCCACUGGCUGGUUUUGGCUACGGUCUUCCUAUCUCCCGCCUGUAUGCCAAGUAUUUCCAGGGGGACCUACAGCUGUACUCCAUGGAGGGAUAUGGCACAGCGGCAGUCAUAUAUUUAAAGGCCUUAUCUACAGAAUCAAUUGAAAGGCUGCCUGUCUUCAACAAGUCAGCUUUAAGACAUUAUCAAACAAGUAUGGAGGCAGAUGACUGGUGCAUCCCGAGCAGGGAACCCAAGAAACUGGGAAAGUACGAGUACAGUGUUUGAGAGCGAGGGAAAGCUCAUACGACAAAAAUAGGGACUUUUAGGUCAGUGUAUGUUGCGGAGACCUUCUUUAGGAUAACUAUGUUCGUGACUAUUCAGGUAUUUCAGAAGCAUGGUGUUAUCAAAGGUUUGAUUAUUGACCUUUUGAAUGUUAAAGCAUUAAUAACAAGGCAUUUUUGUCUUCCAUCUCUCACGUUGACACUAGAGUUUUCAGAGAACACGUUCAGUUUCUCUAUAAUAGGGAAAAUAUUUUAACACUUCAUUUGUGAUGUCAGAUACUUCAAUGGACUGCUGAAAGUGAUUGGUCGUUUGAGCAUGUGUCGAUUCCUACACAUUACCACGGAUUGUAAGGCAGAUAAACUGAGACUGUAAGUGUUCUGGAGGUUGUGGUUUAGGCAGUGGGGCCAAGUUAUUUGCAUAAUGUAUUUGGAGGAACACAAAUACAUAAAAAGUAAUCAAGGCUGUUGUAAUUUCCUUGGGGGUAAAUGCAUUCACAAUGCAAGCCUUAGAAUGACAACCAUUGUAUAUUCUAUUGUUUCUUUUUGCGGUGUUAGAAAUGUUCCUGUAACAGUUAGACCUACUGUCUAACAACUCCAUGUAGUUUUGAUUGUGAAAAUGUGAUGCUGUGGCAUCAAAUCAUUUAACAUUAGAUACAUGCAUAUAAAAAUAUUAAUACGAAGGUUAAUAAAACAUUGUAAGUAUUAAUAAAAACGUUGACGUAACAUUCACGUAACAUAACUGACAUUUACUGAUGGCUUUCCCAGUACAGAACUCAUUAUAAUCUUAUUAUGAAAACCGAAUAGUUUCAAUUGUGUCACUUAGAACUGAAUAAGGCAAGUAUUGAAGUGGCUAAAUGGAUUAGACAGUUUUGAUCUUUAACAAAGAGUAAAAUGUAUGAUUAUUGUGACAACAGCUUCUGCCCGAACAUUUCAGGUGUUUAGUGUGAUAAACAACAUGCAUCAUCAUAGUGAAUUACUGAUUCCUAUUUUAUUAUAAUUAUAGUUUAUUAGGUUUCAAGCAUGAUGGCAAUAUUUUCUUUAUUUUUAUUCGCAUUUCAAAGAUAAAUGUCCUAUUUUUAAUUCUGUGUUGUAUCAGGAUGGUGACGAUUGUUAUUUUUUUAGAGAGUUGUUAUUUUGUUGUUGUUGUUGUUGUUGUGUAUGUGUAUUUUUGUAGCUAUUGAAAUGCAAUGUGAAGGACCUGAAUGAAUUGUAAGGGAACUGAAAGAGGCAAUGGCUGUUCGCUCUUUUGAGUGAAACUCAGCAAAAAGGAUAAUUGGACAUUUCCUGUUAUAAUCCACAACUGACAUUUAAAGUGUAGUGUUCUCGUUCAUACCUCAUAAUGUUCAUUUGCUGUCAUGGAGAACUCGAUCACUUUCCGUCCUUUUAAAACACGCUGCUUCUGAUGUUCUCAAUCCACAGUUCUGUAUUUAGAGAGCAGCUAAACUAUGUGUUUGCCUCGCUGAAAUAAUGGAUACUGAGCAAUCCUCAUAGAUUCAAUGCUGAGGGUCUGUUUAUGUACUAUUAAAACAAUGAAUGAGAAAAUGAA